AUGGGACUCAUCAUUUGUCAUAAUAUUCAUUCUAAAAAUAAGAAAGUCUCUUUUGUACAAGAUAAUGUAGAAUACUAAAAUAGAUAAGGUUAGAAAUAACAUUUAGAUCUACCCUAUAGACACUAUAUUAAUAAGAGUAACUACAUUGCAAGUAAUUUGCAUCAUGGACCUGAAAAAUUUAAUUUAAAAGGUAGUGUAAAAUUAAUGAAUGGAAUAGGUAUGAUAUUUAUAAUAAUACAUUAGGCCACAGCUCUAUUAUGUAAAGAAGAUUCUUAGAAAAAAUAAAUUUGAAUAACAUUUACUUUCACUCAAAACCAAAAAUCCUCGUGAAUUCAUAAUGA